UCCUCCCCUUGCUGGAAACCUCACAUUGAAACGCUGCAAAUGACUAGGGCGCACCGUGCAGUCGCGGGAAGCCUGAGUUUCCAGCGCAGGCACUAAGGGGUCGCGAUGUGGCUCGGGAUGUUGCGAGCGGAGGCUGCCACCAUGGGGUCCGGGGGGUGGAGGCUGCGCUGGGCCGUCGCCCUGCUCCUCGCCGCGGCGGGGGCUGCAGUGGAAGACACAUGUGAGAGGAACGAGUUCCGAUGUCAAAACGGGAAAUGCAUCUCCUACAAGUGGGUUUGUGACGGCAGCGCCGAGUGCUCAGAUGGUUCUGAUGAGUUCCAAGAGACCUGCAUGUCGGUCACCUGCAAAUCGGUGGACUUCAGCUGCGGGGGCCGUGUCAACCGCUGCAUCCCUCAGUUCUGGAGGUGCGACGGCCAAGUAGACUGUGAGAACGGCUCGGACGAGCAGGGCUGUCCCCCCAAGACGUGCUCCCAGGACGAGUUCCGCUGUCACGACGGCAAGUGCAUCGCCCAGCAGUUCGUCUGCGAUGCGGACCGGGACUGCCUGGACGGCUCAGACGAGGCCUCGUGCCCCGUGACCACCUGCAGCCCCGCGAACUUCCGGUGCAACGAUUCCACCUGCAUCCCUGAGCUGUGGGCCUGUGACGGCGACCCCGACUGCAAGGAUGGCUCCGAUGAGUGGCCGCAGCGCUGCGGGGGCCGAGACACAGCCGCCCCCCAAGGUGACAACGGCCCCUGCUCUGCCCACGAAUUCCACUGUCGCAGCGGCGAGUGCAUCCACAGCAGCUGGCGCUGUGACGGCGGCCCCGACUGCAAGGACAAGUCUGACGAGGAGAACUGCGCUGUGGCCACCUGUCGCCCUGACGAAUUCCAGUGCUCAGACGGGACCUGUAUACACGGCAGCCGGCAGUGUGACCGGGAGUAUGACUGCAAGGACAUGAGCGAUGAACUUGGCUGUAUCAACGUGACACUUUGCGAAGGGCCCAACAAGUUCAAAUGCCACAGCGGCGAAUGCAUCACUCUGGACAAAGUGUGCAACUCGGUCAGGGACUGCCGGGACUGGUCGGACGAGCCCAUCAAGGAGUGCGGCACCAACGAGUGCUUGGACAGCAACGGAGGCUGCUCCCACAUCUGCAACGACCUCAAGAUCGGCCACGAGUGUCUGUGUCCUGACGGUUACCGGCUGGUGGACCAGCGACGAUGUGAAGAUAUUGACGAGUGUCAGGAGCCCGACACCUGCAGCCAGCUCUGCGUGAACCUGGAGGGGGGCUAUAAAUGCGAGUGUCUGGACGGCUUCCAGCUAGACCCCCACACCAAGGCCUGCAAGGCGGCAGGAUCCAUCGCCUACCUCUUCUUCACCAACCGCCACGAGGUGCGCAAGAUGACGCUGGACAGGAGUGAGUACACCAGCCUCAUCCCCAACCUGAAGAACGUGGUGGCUCUGGACACGGAGGUGGCCAGCAACAGAAUCUACUGGUCCGACCUGUCCCAGAGGAAGAUCUACAGCACCCAGAUUGACGGCGCCCACGGCUUCUCCUCCUACGACACCGUCAUCAGCGGAGACCUCCAGGCCCCCGACGGGCUGGCUGUGGACUGGAUCCACGGCAACAUCUACUGGACCGACUCCGUCCCGGGCACCGUCUCUGUGGCGGACACCAAGGGCGUGAAGAGGAAAACGCUAUUCAAGGAGACGGGCUCCAAGCCGAGGGCCAUCGUGGUGGACCCUGUUCACGGCUUCAUGUACUGGACCGACUGGGGAAGCCCUGCCAAGAUCAAGAAAGGGGGCCUGAACGGCGUGGAUGUGUAUUCGCUGGUGACAGAAGACAUCCAGUGGCCCAACGGCAUCACCCUGGAUCUUUCCAGCGGCCGCCUCUACUGGGUUGACUCCAAACUGCACUCCAUCUCCAGCGUCGAUGUCAACGGUGGCAACCGGAAGACAGUCUUGGAGGACGAGAAGAGACUGGCCCAUCCCUUCUCCCUGGCCAUUUUUGAGGACAAAGUGUUUUGGACGGACAUCAUCAAUGAAGCUAUAUUCAGUGCCAACCGCCUCACAGGCUCGGACAUUAAUUUGGUGGCUGAGAACCUGUUGUCCCCAGAGGACAUGGUCCUCUUUCACAACCUCACCCAGCCGAGAGGGGUGAACUGGUGUGAGAGGUCCACACUCCACAAUGGUGGCUGCCAGUACCUGUGUCUCCCGGCCCCGCAGAUCAACCCACGCUCACCCAAGUUCACCUGUGCCUGCCCCGACGGCAUGCUGCUAGCCAAGGACAUGAGGAGCUGCCUCACAGAGGCUCAGCCCGUACUGACCACCCAGGGGACCUCCAGGGUCAGCUCUCCAGCCGUGGGGCCAAAGCACACGGCCACCCGGCCUGCUCCUGGCACCUCCCGGACACCUGUGGCCGUUGCUGGGCUCACCACGGCAGAGACGGUGACGAUGUCAUUCCAAGCCCUGGGUGACGUCCCCAGCAGAGGAAACGAGGAGAAGCCUGGGGGCGUGGGGGCCCUGUCCAUCAUCCUCCCCAUUGCGUUCCUUGUCCUGUUCUGCUUUGGGGGCUUCCUCCUCUGGAAGAACUGGCGGCUCAAGAACAUUAAUAGCAUCAACUUUGACAACCCCGUGUACCAGAAGACCACAGAGGAUGAGGUGCAUAUCUGCCGCAGCCAGGACGGCUACACCUACCCCUCGAGACAGAUGGUCAGCCUGGAAGAUGACGUGGCGUGAACAUUGGCUUCGAGUCCUGUCCCUCCCCGGAACCUGCUGCCACUUGGUGGCAGGAAGAACACUUUCUCCCAGGACCCUGCACCGAC